AUGGCAGCAGACACACUUUACUUUGGGGAAAAAGAGAAACAAGUUUUGGCGAGGAUGGAUAAACCUGGUGAGAAGAAUGCUGAGUAUCGUUGGCCAACACGUUCAUAUCGGCGCUGGGAGAAGAAGCACAAGGCCCGCUGUAAGGCUCAGAGGGAGGAGAUUGCCCGAAAAGAAGAAGAGACCAUUCGUAAGGCUGAGGAGCUUUUUUGGCGUAAAUUUGAUGAAACAGAUGGCUUCGAUAUCGAGAUCGAGGGUGCUCCUUGUUAUUUUGGUGGUAUGAGUGUUUGUAAAGGUGGAGCAGAUUGUCCCCUUACAGCGCAGCUUUAUGCCAAGGUUGGACUUCAUCGUUACAAUAUGCUACAGGGGACCAACUUGCAUCUUCACGAAAUAGAGAAAUACAAUCUAGUUUGUAACAUCAUGCCUGUCUCCUAUUACAUUACUUUGCUUGCUGAGGAUCCAGCUACGUCCUCCCUUGUUGUUUUCCAGACUUAUAUUGACCAAAGAAGUUUAGGCGAUAUGGAUUUCACUUGUUAUACCUCCAGACCUAAAGGGAUCAAGAGUGUGCUUUAUCCGAAGCAGUUCUUCGAUGCCAAGAAGUUGCCUAAGAAGUGGCCUUCAAAGGAGGCUUUUGCUGAUAAAGGUCGAUUUUUCUACAAGAUGCAGGAAUCAGAUUGGGAAGAACAUGAUUGGAUUCGCUUGUAUAUGGAAAUUGCAUUCUUUUGUAGAGAUCGGUUGCUGGAUCACAACAUGUCCGAUUUAAGGAUUUUGAACGUAGUGUUAGAGACUGAGGAAAAUCUGCCAUAUGAAACCGUACUCAAGAGUUUUAGGAAUGUUCUUGUCUACAUAAGAUAUGAUCAAGACUUGGGAGCGGAUGGUGUUUGCAAACACAUGGCCAUUGUUCGAAGAACAGUCGAGCCGACAACUCAAUGCGUUUGUCUCUUGGGCGAGUCUCAGCUCGUGCCCGACUCUGAGUAAUAGUAACUCUUUUGCUCUGUAAGAUAUAUAUAUAGCUUCAAAAAUAAACACAACAUGCAACUUGUGUCGUUGAUUUAUGUGUCUUAUAUUUCCGAGAUCAAAAAGAUAAUCCAACAACCUCUACUUGUGUACAAGCAG